CCCCGGGGCCCGAUGAUCACCGGGGGCCCGCUGUUCACCCGGGGUCCGAUGAUAGAUCAGUGUUGUCUUUGCAAGGCAAUCAUAGGUCAGAGUUAUUAUGGGCUGGUACUAUAGGGAUAUCGACUAGGCUCCAUCCCCGUAGGCUGCAGAGAGCGUGGAGUCUUUUAUGCGAGCGCCCCCCACACCCCCGCGUCUUAGAGAUAUUGUUUCGGGGCGGCAUCUAUCGUUGCGUGUCCGUUGGUCGGGUACAGCAUGAUUGGGCGCUCAUUACGGCCAUGGUUGAGCGAUGGAGGCCGGAGACACAUACCUUCAAUCUUUGCACCGAUGAGGUCACGAUUACACUUCAAGAUGUGGAGGUCCUCUUUGGAUUGCGGGUAGAUGGAGAGCCAUUAUACACUCGGUACGAGCCUCCUCCUGGUAGUACAUGGGUGACGGAGUUGACUAGGCUCACCCACUUCGUGCCUGGUGCCGAGGGCCAGAUGUCGGGACAGAGUCGGGUUCAGAUUAGUGCACUCUGCACUUAUUUGGAAGAUCUGGAUCCUGUUCAGGACGGCACCCAGCAGGACGUUGUUGAUCGUCAUACCCGUUUGUACAUGCUUAUUAUAUUCGGGGGCAUCCUGUUCCCGAACUCAACGGGUGCCUUUGUCUGUUUACGAUAUUUGGUCUUCUUGGAGCAUCUAGACUGGUUGGGAGACUACAGUUGGGCGGUCUUUGUUUUGGCGUACCUUUACAGAUGCCUAUGCCGAGCAUCUAUUGGUGCUGUCAGCGAUGUGUGUGGAUUUUUUGCUCUUCUCCAGUUAUGGGCGUGGAAGAGGAUGCUGCCUUUUCAGCCCGUACCUAGGCAUCACCUCGAUAUUGACAUGCCUUAUGCGAGGAGGUGGGACUGGGUAGGUCAGGGGGUUUGGAGUUCACGGUGUCCAUUGAUACACAUAGACAUCGUUGAGGACCACAUGCCCGAGCGCGUCUUACGACAGUUUGGGUAUACACAGAGUAUACCCCCUGACGUUCGUCAUGAGCUCCGACACUACCAGCGGGACGAUUGGGCCGCCGUUGAUGAUGAGUUUCUGGCUUUCAUGGCUGUCCAGCUCCACCGUUGGGAGAACAGGUUGGGCACUUUAGCGGUGGUCGGCCAUUUGACUCCCAUUCAGGAUUACAUGCGCUGGUAUCAUUAG